CAUCCGGAUGGAGGUGAUUGGACAACAGAUGGAUGAUUGGCAGCAGGAUGCAGCACUCAUCUGUCUCCUAUUGGUCGUCUUUAAUGGUCGCUCCUCCUGCAGACCACACACCAUUGGCUUUGGGGGGCUUGUAGUUCUUUGCAGCGGACGCACAUCUGUAGUGCUUAUUAUCGACUAAUAGGAAUUAAACUACACGUCCCGACGUCUCUUCUAAUUGUUGUGAAUAUGUAAUUGCGCUCGUGUCGACUGGUUGCUUCUAAAUUUGGCUUUUCUCAGUGUCAGGACGCAGAGUCAGGCUGCUCCAGUCGGUGAGGUGGUCGCUGUGCUCCUCCGGUGACUGUGUGCGAGGAUGUGAACGUUAUUAACGGAGGCUGGAACCGAUAAACGACGCGGAGGAGCUCACUCUCGGACAAGCAAGGUCACGAUGUGUCAAAAAGUCGAUGCUUUGUAGAGAAAAACAGAGAAAAAGCAGAGGAUUCGUUGUUGAGUGUUGAGCUUUGUGCGCAUUUACAGAAUAACGCGCUGGAGUUUUUUUUUGGAGAAGACUGAAGACAACUCCUGCUUUUGUUAUCAACCUGAAUGCACUUUAUGAAAUAGUGUCUAAGAGAAUGAUGAUGACACAGAAGAAGUCUGAGGAUGUUCCCACCACUCCUCUCAACGGAUCCUGCACAUAGCAAACAGCAAACCGUUCCACACUGACUGACUGACUCUUUUACGCACAGUGGAAAAAGAUCCGUUUAUGCUCGCACGUUUUGUUUUUCUGUGGAUGAACUUUGCACUACAUUUUUUUUAAUGAUUCGAGAUCUGAGCAAGAUGUACCCCCCGGCACGGCAUCCGCCGGGACAGCCGUUAAAGUUCACCGUCACCGAGUCCUGCGACCGGAUCAAGGAGGAGUUCCACUUCCUGCAAGCCCAGUAUCACAGUCUGAAAAUGGAGUGUGAGAAACUGGCCAGUGACAAAACCGAGAUGCAAAGGCACUAUGUGAUGUACUACGAGAUGUCGUACGGACUCAACAUCGAGAUGCACAAGCAGGCGGAGAUCGUCAAACGGCUGAACGCAAUCUGCGCCCAAGUCAUCCCCUUCCUCUCUCAAGAGCAUCAGCAGCAGGUGGUGCAGGCGGUGGAGCGGGCCAAGCAGGUCACCAUGGCUGAACUCAACGCCAUCAUAGGACAGCAGCAGCUCCAGGCUCAGCACCUCUCCCACGGCCACGCCAUCCCCGUCCCGCUCACGCCACACCCGGCGGGCCUCCAGCCCCCCCUGCCCCCCGGAGCCGGUACCGCCAGCCUGCUGGCUCUGUCCUCCGCCCUGAGCCACCAGCUGCCGCUCAAAGACGACAGGAAACACCACGACAACAAUGGCGAGCACCCGAGAGACAGAGACUCGGUCAAGAGCUCGUCUGUGUCUCCUUCGGCCAGUUUUCGGACCCGAGAGAAGCACCGGAGUUCGAGCGAUUACUCGUCCGACAGCAAGAAACAGAAGACAGACGAUAAGGAGCUGGCCUCGACGCGCUAUGAAAGUGAUGGAGAGAAGAGCGACGACAACCUGGUAGUGGACGUCUCCAACGAGGAUCCGGCGUCUCCGAGAGGAAGUCCCGCCCACUCGCCUCGGGAGAACGGAUUGGACAAGAGUCGCCUGUUGAAGAAGGAUGCUCCGCUGAGUCCGUCCUCCAUCGCCUCCUCCAGCAGCACACCUUCGUCCAAAUCCAAAGAGAUUAAUCUGAAUGAGAAAUCCACGACGCCCGUGUCCAAGUCCAGCACCCCCACAUCCCGCUCUGACGCCCCGACACCCAGCAGCACCUCCACCCCGGGUCUGAGGGCUGCACCCGCUAAACCGCCAGGAGUCGAGACGCUGGCGUUUUGUCUCGCAGCUCCAGGUCUCCGUACGCCGCUGGCGGUGCCCUGCUCGUACCCGAGUCCAUUUGGAAUGGUUCCUCACCCGGGUAUGAACGGAGACCUGAGCGGAGCCGGAGCCGCCUACACCGGCCUGCAUAGCAUCUCUCCUCAGAUGAGCGCCGUGGCUGCUGCUGCGGUGGCGGCGUAUGGACGCACACAAGUGGUGGGAUUUGAUCCUCACCACCACAUACGUGUCCCGGGCCUUCCUCCCAACCUGUCAGGCAUUCCUGGUGGAAAACCAGCCUACUCCUUUCACGUGAGCGCCGAUGGACAAAUGCAGCCUGUGCCUUUUCCCCCGGACGCGCUGAUCGGCCCCGGCAUCCCGCGCCACGCACGACAGAUCAAUACCCUCAGCCACGGGGAGGUGGUGUGCGCGGUCACCAUCAGUAACCCGACGCGUCACGUCUACACCGGCGGCAAGGGCUGUGUCAAGGUGUGGGACAUCAGUCACCCGGGAAACAAGACCCCUGUAUCCCAGCUGGACUGCCUUAACAGAGAUAACUACAUCCGUUCCUGUCGACUACUUCCGGAUGGGCGGACUCUCAUCGUCGGCGGCGAGGCGAGUACUUUGUCAAUCUGGGAUUUGGCGACACCGACUCCACGGAUCAAAGCUGAACUAACUUCAUCAGCUCCUGCCUGCUACGCUCUGGCCAUCAGCCCCGACUCCAAGGUCUGCUUCUCCUGCUGCUCCGACGGAAACAUCGCCGUGUGGGAUCUUCACAACCAGACUCUGGUCAGGCAGUUCCAGGGCCACACCGACGGAGCCAGCUGUAUAGACAUCUCUAAUGACGGCACCAAGCUGUGGACCGGAGGCCUGGACAACACCGUGCGGUCCUGGGACCUGAGAGAGGGACGGCAGCUGCAGCAGCACGACUUCACCUCCCAGAUCUUCUCUCUGGGCUACUGUCCAACGGGUGAGUGGCUGGCGGUCGGGAUGGAGAACAAUAACGUGGAGGUCCUGCACGUCACCAAACCUGACAAGUACCAGCUCCACCUGCAUGAAAGCUGCGUGCUCUCACUGCGAUUCGCUCACUGUGGGAAGUGGUUUGUGAGCACAGGAAAAGACAAUCUGCUCAACGCAUGGAGAACCCCGUAUGGAGCCAGCAUAUUCCAGUCGAAGGAGUCGUCCUCAGUGCUGAGCUGCGACAUCUCCAUAGAUGAUAAGUACAUAGUGACGGGCUCGGGAGAUAAGAAAGCCACCGUCUACGAGGUGAACUACUAGGAGGGCCAGGCCGUCCUUCCAGCCGGCGUCUCCACCACCUAUGUACGAUUUUUAAUGUGUAUAAAAAUGGAUUUGAAUGGAACUAACCAAACAGACUCUUGGACAGUGACCUUUUUGACCUUUUAGCUGGUCGUGGAUCAAAACGAACAAGCAGAACCAAGCACAGAGAGAUGAUUUUGUUUUCCUACCGAGUGGCUUUUUGUUGUCGUGAGGAUGAAUGAGUGAGUGAAUGUUCAUGUGCACUGAGUCUGGAGAGGAUGCUGUUGUUACAGCGUUGGCCAGAUAACAUUCCUUUACACUUUUAAUUCCUCUUCUUUUUUUUUACCAACGUUUGCACGGACAAGCAGUUACAACAUGAGCGUCGUCGUUCACAUGCUCGCAUUCGUACUUUGUGUGUUUCUCUCAUAAUUCUGAGUGAGGUGUGAACUCAGCGUCUGUGUGAAUGUGUGUGUGUGUGUGUGUGUGUUUUGACCGCGUGGCCGUUGAACAAACUAACCAGAUUGCCCUCGGUGCCCUCACUACUGAGUGACCUUUGCCCUUGGUUCUGCCACCCUCAGUUCAGACUCCUCUGGAUGCUUUCAGUGGAACUCUUUUAUUGGUGUUUGGAGGCCAACCAGUCCUUCAUUUCCUGCCUGGAGUUUUUUUGUUUGGACCUUUUGGACACUUCUGAGAAAAAAAAAGUGGUCAGCGGUAUGCUCGUGAUUUCUCUUGGACUUCUAUUGGCUUGUAGAAAUAACACAGUGCCUUUAUGCUACUGCGCUUCGUCCCGCUGAGUGUUCAACUACGCAGAGAUGAGAGGUGACGGACUCUGCUGUUGGAGUGGUUUUUAAAAAAGACAGUUUUUUGAGUGCAACAUUUAAGGAUGGAUUUUAUUUAAAAAAGAUCAGUCAUGAGCAAAAUAACACAAACGGUAACUCAGAUUAUCCGGUCUGUCGUCCACUUUGAGGUAAUCAGGACCAAACUCCUCUUUGUGGACGUGAAAUACACUAUUCAUGGCUGUUUCUGUCUGAUGGUUGGAAGCACGGUGCCAUUAACUAGAAGUUUUUGAAGCAACAAUCUUCACUGUACUUUUUCUUUCUGCUUUCAAGCUUUGUUCUUGUUGCUUUUGUGUUUGUGUUUGUGCUGCACAACCCCAUGCUCAAAUGACUCUCACCUACAGGAAGACAUCUAAAAACACAGCACAUCAGUAGUUAUUGGUAGAGAUGCAAGUUCCCGCUAGAUUCUGUGACCACAAGCUGACGCCAACCUCCCCGAACCUUAAACCUAAACAACCAUUUUAAAACUUUAUAACCAAACUUAAUAAUCUAGAGCAGGGGUCUCCAACCUUUUUUCCUCUGAGAGCUAAUUUUGCUAAAUUCAUCAGAAUCAGGUUUAUUUUGUACAUACAUACGUGGAAUUUGACUCCGGUUUUAUGCAGCUCUCUCAAUGUACUUACACAGAAUAGAAAUAACAGCUAGGAACAGUAACGAUCAACAAUAGAAUAAGAAUACAAUAAUAAAACUGUAAAAUAAAAUGUCUAUGUACAAGUCGAGACAAGUGUAAAGUGAUCGAGAGCUACUCGUGGCGCCAAAUUUCACCAAAUCUCCAAGAGCAGACUUAAUUCCUGUUUUACUUUUAAGAUCCUUUAAUAGCGUUUCGGCCAACACAAUCAUCGCCUCUAUUACAAUCCUGCCCUAGGCGAAGGGCUUUUUUGUGUUUCGUUAGUAUGUGAGCCACUUAACGUUCUUUCAGUUUGGUCAACAGAGACCGCUGUCUUUUGAGCAUUAUCUUCAGCUCCUUUACCUUCUCUGUUCGUAGACUGCUACCAGCCGGAAAGAAAAGUUGCUGUGGACUUUGGUUAAGUGGUGCCCAAUGUUACAUCUUUGACACAUUAAUUGACACGCUCGGUCUGCAAAUGAGACACACAUUUGUCAUUCAAAUUAGUGAAAAAACUUACUUAUUUCUCAUGAAAAUAAUAAUAACUUUAUUUAUAUAGCACCUUUCGAAACAAGGUUACAAAGUGCUUUACAAUAAAACCAUGCUAGAAGUAAUUAACAUCCCGAGCUUAAGAUCUAAACAAGACAAAAUCAUGUAAAUAAAUAAUAAAAUUGUAUAUUUUUUGCCUUUUAUUGGCCUGGCAAAUUUCUGCGGUCAUUGUCAAAUCUGGUGUGUCCUCGCCAGUCUGCUACCAUCGCCUGACGUUACGGCGUCAUUGAUGUAACCAUUUUGUGUCAGAAGGGAGCUGGAUGUCUGUGAAUUUGAUUGGAUAGAUAUUUUACAGUUUUACAAAGUGACUUUGUUUUAUAAAAAAUGAAUGUACAUAUUCUUUGAACCUUUAGUGAGCCACUCAGAAACGGGUAGCGAGCUUGCGAGCUACUUGUUGGAGACCCCUGAUCUGGAGGCUCAUCCUUAAACAUAAUCAUUUUACAUCCUGGUUUAGCUGCUGCCCAUAACCCUUAAUGUGGGAUCCAUCAUGUUUGCAUCACCGAAAGGUUAUUUUGAGACUGAUUAAUGUAUCAAAUAUCACUGGUAUAGUUAUUUUAAUCCCAGAAGUUGCAGAUUAUAGCUUUAACUUCCAGUUCUAGACCCUUUGAGUGCAAAAAGACAUGAUGAACCUAUAAAUCAAGAAGGAUAAGAAGGCAAUGAAUAGAAAGGUUUCCCCUUUUUACUGUUUAUGGGGUUAAAAUAAUAUAACGAUCAAAUUAAUAAGAAGGCUAUUGUUUAUCAUCGUGAUGUGAUAUAGCUUUAAACCUAUUUCUCUGGCUCAACACAGUUCUUCCUUUCACUUACCUUUCACAAGGGCCCCCUCUGUCAGUACUGACUGCCUUAUAAAAGAUCAAAUAACGGACAAAUUUACACGUGUUUAAUGGUUUAUCUCUCAAAAUUACUUUUCUAUUUUAUUUGAAUCUGAAAAAGAUGAGUUUGUGUCAGCCUGGGACACUCUCAUGCAAGUAUUAACUCUUCUCUUUCUGAGCACGCCCUUCUUCAGUUAAAUGCCAGGGAGAAGCCUGUUUAAAGAUUGCAAUUUAUUUUUUAAAAUGUCUUUACAUUAUUAAUACUUGUUUUGUGGCUGUGACACAGACAGAAACUACUGAUAAUAACUGCACUGGUGUGAAUGCAAAGGGACAUUUUGCAGCAAAGCUACCUGGAGGGACCCUAUGUAAGAUAUUACACUGUUACGACUGAUAUUUUUGUAAUUUCUUUGACACACACAGUGACACUGUACAUUGUGAAGGACUGGUCAUGAUAUUGGUUUGUUUCUCACAGUGUUUGCCUUAUUCUGUGCUUUCUUUCUGAAUCGGAAACAUUUCUGUGUGUGCUGCAAUCGGCUACGCUUUCAGAUUAAAACGACGAUUCGUUCACCUCGCUGUCAUCGACUGCUCAGCUGCGUUUUCUGCUCUUGAAUAAGUCAUAAAACCUCUACCCUCUGUACUAAAUAGCUACUGUGCAACCUACGCCCUCUUUAAUAAUGGAUAAAUAUAAAAUACACUUUUGGUUACGCUGUCAAAGAGUCAAACCUCAAUGUUACUCGUCUCAUCUGACUGCUCCCAGUUAGCUGGCUAACAUGACCCGAUACAGACGCGAUGUUAUAAUGAUGUGUAGAGCUUUUAGCUUGACUGAACUCAUGAAGGUGUUGUACAUUUACUGUAAACAUGUACUUAAUAAUUCAAGCUUACAGUGGAAAGAAACUUCCUGUUGCUAGUUGACUUUUUUUCUUUCCUCUUCAAUACAAAAUGCCUUUGCUCUCUUUUUUCUAGUCUGUGGUUGAUUUUAUUAAAUUAUUGUGUCGAGUA